CAUGGCGGCCAGGCAGGAGGUGCUCACUUUGCAGGCUGAAGUUGCCCAGCGUGAGGAGGAGCUGAGGUCCCUGAAGCAGAGGCUGGCGGCGGCUCUUCUGGCCGAGCAGGAGUCCGAGCGGUUGGUUCCGGUGUCUCCCCUACCGCCGAAGGCCGCCCUGUCCCGAGAUGAGAUUCUGCGCUACAGCCGGCAGCUCGUGCUGCCUGAGCUGGGCGUGCAGGGACAGCUGCGCCUGGCGACUGCGUCCGUGCUGGUCGUGGGCUGCGGGGGGCUCGGCUGCCCACUGGCGCAGUACCUGGCAGCGGCCGGCGUCGGCCGCCUGGGCCUUGUGGACUACGACGUAGUAGAAGUGAGCAACCUGGCCCGUCAGGUGCUGCACGGCGAGGCACUGGCCGGCCAGGCCAAGGUCUUUUCGGCCGCCGCUACACUGCGCCGUCUCAAUUCGGCGGUGGAGUGCGUGCCCUACGCCCAGGCGCUUACGCCAGCCACGGCGCUAGAUCUGGUCGGCCGCUAUGACGUGGUGGCUGAUUGCUCCGACAACGUGCCCACUCGCUACCUGGUUAACGACGCCUGUGUGCUAACCGGCCGGCCCCUCGUGUCGGCCAGCGCCCUGCGCUUCGAGGGCCAACUCACAGUCUACCACUACGGCGGUGGGCCUUGCUAUCGCUGCGUGUUUCCGCAACCACCUCCGGCGGAGACGGUGACCAGCUGCGCGGAUGGCGGGGUGCUUGGUGUGGUUACCGGGGUCCUGGGCUGCCUGCAGGCGCUGGAAGUGUUGAAGAUCGCUGCAGGUCUGGGCCCCUCUUACACUGGCAGCCUGUUGCUCUUUGACGCCCUCGGAGGUCAUUUCCGCUCUAUUCGGCUGCGGAGGCGUAGGGCCGACUGUGCAGCUUGCGGGGAGCGGCCCACUGUGACUGAUCUGCAGGACUACGAAAGCUUCUGUGGCUCUGCGGCCACCGAUAAAUGCCGCUCCCUACAGUUGCUGAGCCCGGAUGAGCGAAUUUCUGUCGUCGACUAUAAGCGACUUCUGGAUUCCGGGUCACCCCACCUGUUGCUGGACGUCAGGCCUCCCGUGGAGGUGGACCUGUGUCGGUUACCUCACUCGCUACACAUCCCUUUGAAACAUUUGGAACGGAGGAAUGCGGAGAGCCUGAAACUCUUGGGAGAAGCAAUCCGGGAAGGGAAGCAGGGCACACAGGAAGGGGCAUCUCUCCCCAUUUAUGUGAUCUGCAAACUGGGCAAUGACUCCCAGAAAGCCGUGAAGAUCCUGCAGUCCUGGACAGACUUAGACUCUUUAACAGUUCGGGAUGUUGCGGGAGGCCUCAUGGCCUGGGCUGCCAAAAUCGAUGGAACGUUUCCGCAAUACUGAGAUGGCCGGUAGAGUCUGACCAGCGAAAGAUGUGGGUUGUCAUGUUACCUAAAGAUUUUUUGCCUUUAUGAAUGUAUUUGCAUUUUUUUCAGUAAUGUACGGAAGAGCCUGGGAUUCUCCAAUAUCUGCGGAUAGGUGGACUUCUUUUUAUAAGGAGCUUUUUAAUUGUAACUUACUGGGUGAUGUAGCAGUUAAGGGGUUAUAACACUGUUCCUCUGAAUUGUCUUGUGAUUGCAGCACUUGGAUGGUGUGUUGAACAAGUGGGAUAGAAUGUAAGUGACAGGACUUUGUGUUUUGAACUGCAGGUCAUUUGCGUGUCCUGCCUUUUUUUUUUUUUUUUUUUUAAUCUCCCAAUUAAAAAGCUCUUUAAAGUUGUUCAUUUCAUUGCUUGGAAAGGUGUAAUAUACUUACUGAAUUGAUCACGGAUGAUAUAGUUAAGUUUAUUGUUUACUAAGACAUUCUUUGGGUGUUAUUUCUAAUUCAGAUGAUGGAACAUGCCCUAGAGAAAUCAGUGUUUAAAAUGUAAA